CAAGUUACCUCCCUUAAAUUGCCGGGAAAUCCAAAAAUAAUAACAAAAACAAACAAGAAAAAUUCAUAUUUAUGGUAACAAAUGAAAUAUGCUCAUCGAUUAAUAGUAGAAAGCUAUGGCAACUCCUGAAAAUGAUUUGGUUCCCAGCAUCAGUCCAGCAAAUGCAGAAAGAGGUUCUGUGUCCAGGCUUUCCCAGGCUACACCAGAGCUGAUGAAUAUAAGUCCAUUGUCUGAUGGUACCCCAGUUUCUAGAAGCAAGGAGAAGUCACUAGAAGAAUUGCUGAAGAAGAGAGAAUGGCUGUACUCACAAAGGAACCAGCUGAAGUCUCAGAUUGAUGCUAUACAGUCAGAAUCUGCCAAAAUUAUAGACAAAAUGCCACCUGAUCAACUUAAAAAGCUGUAUGAGAAAUUACGGGAAGAUUUGCUGCAGAAAACAGUAGUACGUGAUGGAAGAGAACUUAUUCUGAAAGGGGAAUGUUUAAAUAAGGCCACAAUGUCGAUUCUGCAGUGUGAACUAAAUGGUCAAUGUGACUCACAGACAUUGGACAAGAAAAGGGAAUUGGAAAAUCUUUUGGAAGAGUAUACCACAUUGGCAUCACAAGUUGCUAAGGAACACAAGGAAAAUUCCAAACUUAGAGAAAAUGUUGAAAGAUUAAAAAUGGAAAACUAUGCAUUAUUGAAGAAGAGUCGGGAACUGUAUUCAGAGAUUGGUGAGAAAAGAAAGGCCAAGGAAGAGGAACUGAAAGCUUUAACUACCGACUCAAAAGGCAAAAGCAUCCAUGAACUGAUGCAGUCAAAACUUCAACUGAACUUUGUACAGAACAACACGCUGCAAGGACUUAUACUUGGCAGUGGACUUAACUGGGCACAGGACGAAAAACUCAAUAAACUUAUGAUAGAUGCUGGAAAGAACUUGCAUAUGUGAGAGAAAAUGUUAAAUUAUGAUUCCUAGACAACUUUUACACAGAGUAGAAACCUGAUGAGAAUGUACAAAAAUGAAUUAAUAUAUACAUGAAUGAAUAGUUAAAGGAAAAAAAACGGAGCCUUUGUUUAUUUUGUGUUUUAUAGAUGUUGCUCUUUUAUUUUAUCAUCUAAUACUGAUGUCAGGCAGUAUAAUAAUGUAUUAUUUAGAGUUCUUUCACUGCAUGUAUGCUACAAGGGUGCAGCUAAAAAACUAUCCAGAUGGCAAUCGUUACAACUUCACUCUAUCUCGGUUUUUGCUAAAUGGAUUUAAUACAGACUUAAAUAGUUGUUUGACAUCAUCAGACACAUCACGUGACACAAGGUCUGUAACUCUGGCACCAAUUUUUUAAAUAAAAGUCACUCAUCUACCAGGAUAUUGUACCAAAAUAUUACACAGAUGGUGUGUGAGGUAAUAUUUGUCAUCUGAUAUUGAAACAUACAAAGUUCCAUAAAGCACAUGCAGUCUGGUCUGUAUAUAGAAAAGAUCAUUGUGUGCGGUUUCACAGUAGCAACAUACUAGAAAUAAAUCUUGUACCUUGUUGGGAAAAUCUCCUUCAGAAACCAUGAAGAUGUUAAAAGUGCUCAGUGUUUUCAAGCCUACAGCAUGCAUAGCUUUAACGAUGCAAGUUGCAAAAUUGGUUGAGUGCAGAAAAUUAGGAAUGUUACACACAUUUGACAUCAGCUUACACGGUUGAAAUAUGUUUAUGCAAUACUGUAUAAGUGGAUAUUUUUGUGGGUCAAAAAAUUUGCGAACUGCCUAUUCCAUACAUUUUCCAAGUGGAAAUAUUCGGGUAUCACAGAAUAUUGAAGUGCCAAACCCAGAUUUGUUUGUCUUUACUUGACUAUAAUGAGGUGUGUUGGUGAACAUGAAAAUUCAGGCUGGCUGGUAUUUUCAUGACUACUUAAAAUUCAUGAAAUUCAUGAAAAUUUCCACAUUGUGAACUUUUCAACUUGUACACUGCCUUAUAACUUCUUAUCUGCAAUUGUGACAAAAUUUUGAGACUGGCAACAUUAUUUUUGUUUAUGUUGACUAUUAAAUUACAUUUUUGUUGUUUUUCUUUCCAAAGAGUGUUGCAUGCCAGCCAGUGUUGAAAAUAUUUCAGAUUAACACAGGCAAUACCCUGAUUGAAAGUAUGAAGAAGUUUGUGAGUGAAAAAAAGGAAAAUUUGACAAAAAAAAUUUAAAGAUUACUGCUAGUAUAUUCUCAGUACAUGUCCUUGCCAAUAUAUUUGUCUGCAUAUUAAAACUCGUGAUUAGAAGUAAAAUGAAUACAUUUAGUAGUUUUUAUUAAUCUUCAAGAGUUCACUUUGAUGGCAUUUUUCAGCCAGUUUGUACUGCAUUUUAUUUUUUUAGCGGCAAGUUCAACAGUCUUAUUUGACAAAAGCAGCAUGUGGAUGACUAAAUGUAGAAGCUAGUAAAAUAUUUGUGGAAUAGUAUUUAUAAAAAAUUAAAAAGAUUUGCUUAUU